AUGGCAGGACUGAACCAUCCGUUGGAGAACGUCAGAGUCAUCGACCUGGGCCGCCACCAGGCCGGGCCGCGCUGCGCCCAGGUGCUGGCCCGCAUGGGCGCCGAGGUCAUCAAGGUCGAGCGACUGGGCGGCGAGGAGACGCGCUACCACGGCCCCUGGGUCAAAAAGCAGUCCUCCUACUGGGUCCAGUACAACUCCGGCAAGAAGUCCCUCUCCAUCGACCUCCGCAAGGAGGAGGGCAAGGAGGUGCUGCGGGAGCUGGUCAAGGUCUCCGACGUGGUGGUGCAGAAUUUCCGCCCCGGCACCAUCGAGAACAUGGGCUUCGGCUACGAGGCCCUCAAGGAACUGAACCCACGCAUCAUCAUGGUCAACGUGUCCGCCUACGGGCAGUUCGGGCCGUAUAAGGACAACAUCGGCUACGACCCCAUCGGCCAGACAAUGUCGGGGAUCACCAUGGUCACCGGCGAGGAGGGGAUGCCGCCCAUACGCACCGGAGUGCCCAUCAUCGACCGCAUCACGGCGCUGCACGCGGCCAUCGGCACGCUGGCGGCGCUGCACGAGCGGGAGGUGUCCGGCGAGGGGCAGUCGAUGGACGUCUGCCUGGCCGACACCGGCUACUCGAUGACCGAGAUACCGAUCACGGCCUAUCACGGUACCAAGAUACCGCCCAAGCGGGGUGAGUCGACGGCGCCGCCCUCGGGGAUCUAUCCCUGCAAGGAGGGCUGGGUCCUGAUCUCGGCGGGGGACCAGCAUCACUGGCACCGGGUGUGCAACGCCCUGGGCAGGCCGGAGUGGCUGGAGGACCCGCGGUUCAACACCCGCCACGAGCGGCUGGCCAACGCGGAGCUGGUGAACGCCGCCAUCCGGGAGCUGCUGGCCGACCGGACGAUGGAGCAGGCGAUCGCGCAUUUCACGGACCACGACGUGGUGGCGGCGCCGGUGAACACGAUACCGCAGGCGGCGGAGGACCCGCACCCGUGGGAGCGCCGGGCCAUGGUGGAGGUGCCGGACUUCCUGGCGGGUGAGAUCGCGGUGUCGGGGGACUACUGGCACUUCUCGCGGACGCCGGUGAACAUCGGCACGACGCCGCAGGUGGGGGAGCACAACGAGGAGGUGCUGCAGGGGAUGCUGGGGUACAGCGAGGAGCAGAUCGAGCAGUUCCGCCAGGGCCGCGUCAUCUCAGAGGAACACUACUACGACGACAUACCUGGGUAG